AUGACCUCCAACUCGGCCACAACCUCCGGCGCAGCGCCAAACCAAUUCACACACACAUUGAACAGAACGGCAAACCACUCCCGCGCCAUCAGCGACACAUCCUCCUCCUCAGAAACCUCUACCGACACCCUCAAUGCCAACAUCGCAAUCUAUCCCAACGGCACGAUGUCGUUGGCCGGGAUCUCGCUGCGCGCAAUGCUCCUAGGAACCUCUCUAGGCCUGACAGCAAGUCUAGCACUGUUCCUCAGCACCGCCACGGAGUAUGCAACCCCCCUCUGGCGCGUUCCUUUCUUCAUCGCCUCACUGAGCUUGUUCCAUUUCCUGGAGUUCUAUGUGACGGCGCGGUACAACACGCGGCACGCGACGACCACAGCGUUCCUGUUGUCGUCGAAUGGGUGGGCUUAUAAUAUUGCGCAUGGCUCAGCUGUCGUCGAGUGCAUUGUGACGCAUGUCUUCUGGCCGGGACAGAGUACUGCUGGGAGGAUGCUUACUGUGACGGAGCCGUUCUAUGGAAGUCAGGUCUCGGUGCUGCUUGUCGGUGGAUUUGUGCUUCUGGUGGUUGGGCAGAUUAUUCGGACUAUUGCUAUGGCGCAGGCGGCUAGUAAUUUCAAUCACCAUGUUCAGAGUCGGCAUCAGCAGGGACAUGUGCUGGUUAAUACUGGGUUGUAUCGGUAUCUGCGACAUCCGAGCUACUUUGGGUUCUUCUGGUGGGGGUUGGGAACGCAGCUUAUUCUGGGUAAUGUGGUCUGCUUUGUGGGAUAUUCUGUGGUGCUUUGGCGGUUCUUCUCUAACCGGAUCCAACGCGAGGAAGCUUACUUGAUCUCAUUCUUCGGCGACGAGUAUGUUCAGUACCGAAAGGUUACUUCGGUGGGUAUCCCGGGAAUUUAG